CUCCAUCCUCUGUCUCUGCCUGUCUCCGCACUGCUGAUCCCGUAUCUGUUGUGUUUCACAGGCAGCAUCACAGCAGCAGGCAUUUGGCGAGCAAAACGCGGACUGCGGUCAGAAACUGCGCGCUUCAUGAGUCGUGUGGACGUACCAGGAGAACACGGGGAUUUCUGCGGUGUUGUGCGCUGUGUCUGAGUACCGUUUUUUUUUUUUUUUUUGCCCUUACACCCCUCCUAUCCUGCUUGCGUGGAUGGUUGACUGCAGAUUUGAUGGUGCUGAGCAGGCUCGUCUGAUUGAAGGCUUGCGGCGAGGGGGGCUUUCGCGGGGCCGCAGACGGGGAAACCUCUGUCCACGACAGCGUCCAUCCUCUGCCCUGUGAUUGUGAAUGGACUGCGCUCCCUCCGUAAUUUUCUGCAGUCUCUCUGAGUCAUUUGUGGAAGAAGAUGGCGGACAGGGCUGAGAUGUUUUCCCUAUCCACUUUCCAUUCCCUCUCUCCUCCUGGGUGCAGGCCGGCCCACGAUAUCAGCCUGGAGGAGUUUGACGAUGAAGAUCUCUCUGAAAUCACAGACGACUGUGGGAUUGGACUCAACUAUGACUCUGAUCCAUAUGAGAAGGACUCCCUCAUUCUGGAGAAGAGUGACAUACACCACCCAGUCUGCUCCUUCCAAGAUGACUUCCAAGAGUUCGAGAUGAUUGACGACGAAGACGAGGAGGACGAGGAGGAGGACGAAGAGGAUGACGACAUUGACCCUGAUGGGCCUCCAUCUCCCUCGGCGUCCCCUCCUCUCUCUCCGACUCUUGGCACUCUAAAGAGCAGACCUACCACACUGAACCUCACCACUGCUGUGUCGCAGGAUUCACUGAACAACAACAGCAGUCUAUCCCCAAAGAAAGGAAGCUGGCAGGACUCUUUACGCAACACAGCCCCACAGGGCCGUCUGUCUCCAACCCACUCAUGUAUGGAAGAUGGUAGCCAUGUGACAGGCCAGUGCCCAGCCUCUCCAGUUUCCCUGGCCCCGGGGUCUCAGAGCAAAGGUACUCCACCAAAACAGACAGGGGAGGGCGGGAACCCCCAGUCUCCUCAUAGGCCCCUCCUCUGUGACAUGGAGGGCAACAGGCGGGAGAGGCCCGAAUACGGCUCGUUUGGUCAACACAAGACACACCAACCCUCUGCUGAUACCACUGACCCAAAGGCAGACCCUUCAAUCCAGCCGACCAGAGUCCCUUCCAUAGACGAGCACUCCCAGUGUUCAGACACAGAGGUGGACCAUGACCUCAACAGCGACCACAACCACAAACACUCAAACCGGCGAGCCACAGACACCUACACGAUCACCAGUGAGUCAGGUAUGGAACCGGAGAAUGAGCUAGACCCGGAUGGAACCAGUCGCUGCUUGUCAUCCACUGCACCCAUGGGAGCUAAUGAUGGCGCUGAUACACCCUUGUCUGAUGAGGAGCUUGAUAAGGACUUUGAAGUGGAAUUCAUGUGUAAGGAGACCUACGAUAUGGUGUGUAAAGAGAAUCAGUCGUCCUACGUGGAGUUCCCUCCCAUUGAACCUUCCGAGCCUGCAUCCUUCUCCAGCUAUGUAUCAUCUAGCCGCUCAGAAGCUUUUGAACACUCCAACAGCUCAGAUGCUGCAGCAGCUGCUUCAAUGGAGGCAGCAGCUAACGACUCCACCUCUCCUUCCUCAGACCCAGGGAUAGCAGAUAUGAAUCAGCGUGGUUAUGUGACUUCAGACCAAGACAAGGACCUCAGCUCUCCGGGGUCUGACUCUGACAUUGAAGGGGAACUAGAGGCAGCCUUUGCUUGUGGUGGUCCGCAUGUCUCCAACAUGAUCUCAUCCAUCUCAGAGACGGAGCUGGACCUGACUAGUGACGAGAGUAGCAGUGGACGCUCAUCUCACCUCACAAACUCCAUUGAGGAGGCAAGCUCACCUACAUCAGAUCAGGAACUGGACCCGGAUACGGAGUUGGAGCAGGACAGUGGGAUUGUUGGCCUGAAGGCAUCUCUGCUUCUGGGUCAGCCUGACCCAAUCAAAGAAGGGUUUCCUCUGCCCUCUCCUUCCCCUCUUCCUUCGCCUACUAUUGCCACACCCUCUCCUACUGACUCACCCACUAUACCCCCUGAGUCCUAUGUUGAUCAAGCUCUGAUGGGGCUGCAGAAUGUGGACGAAGAGCUGUCCUGCGAGCACCAGGCUGACCCAGAUGAGACUCUUCCUCCAGCCCAGUGCUGUGAGGACAGCCUGUCCAGACAGAUGGUGCUCCAGAUAGAACCAGACCACAGCCUGGAGAGCUUCAAACGCUCAUUCUACCUGCCAGUGGGACCCAGACUAAUGCCAAGUGCAGAUGAAUACGAUGGAACAAGCGAGGGAGACUCCGAUUCAGAGAGUGAAGAUGAACUGAGCGAGAACUCUGACUCGCCCUGGCUGCUCAGUAACUUAGUCAACAGGAUGAUCUCAGAGGGUUCGUACCCAAUCAGCUGUCCUGAGGAGUGUUUCAAGAGGAAGGUGUCGGUGUCUGAUACCAUUUCCCCAUCCUCAGACAUUGGAGAGGGAGAUGGCUUCAAUGAUGAGGACCAAGAGAAGAAAACAGGAAUAGUGGAAUCAAAGGAAGAAGAGAAGGAAGGUGAACGGUACAGAAGGGAAAGGAUGGAGCCGGGAGCAAGAUCUUCAAAAGAAAGAGCAAGUCCGCGUCUUUAUAUGAGCAACCCUAGUGAUGACACCCUAGCCCCAGUGAUUUUGGAGCGAUGCGCAAGCAAUGAAAAGGGGACCACAGAUUUCAGCUCCUCGUAUGCAACUAUAGAUACUGACAAGAAUAUAACAAACCACAAACCAUCUAAGAAUGCAAGGAAACAGGAGGAGGAUGAAGAGCCCAAUAACGACUUGACGAUGCUGGAAGGAAGGAAGGAUCUGGACUCUCCCAGCCUGACCGAGAGCGUGAUUAGCGACAAGGACGAAGGACGAGAAACAGAGCCCAGGCCGGCGAGCCGUUCCUCGGCAUCCCUUGAGCGCAUCACCGAGGUCAAACACAGUCUGACACUCGAUAUACCCACAGCUCAGACCAACCGCUGCUUCAGCCUCACCUACUCGACGGACAAUGACGAGGAAGAGGAAGACGAAGGCGACUCUUAUCCGUACAUGGGUGGCUUGAGGAAGCACUCCUACACGGGCAGUGACUUAGAGCUGGACAGUUCGCCGCCCAUUGAUUCAAGUGUGCAAGAUCGUCCCUUAGCAGAUCAUGACCUCCCACUGUGUGAGAAAGAGCUGGCUAUGAGGCAACCAAAUGAAGAUGAUGGGCUGGCCUAUGACUCCAUGAAGUACACACUUGUGGUCGAUGAAAAUACUACUCUGGAACUAGUAAGCCUCAGAAGGUGCACCUCUGUUCUGAGUGACGACAGCGAGCUUUCAACUCUAUGCGAUGAGGAGCCUUUGGGGACAGGUGAGGUGGGCUACGGUCGUGACGAUGAGGGUGUGAGGCCAGAACUUCUCAGCUCCUCUGAAGACUCCUCUCCUGAGGCCGACCUCCCGUUCUCCAAGAAGUUCCUCAAUGUGUUCGUCAACAGCACCUCGCGCUCCUCCAGCACAGAAUCAUUUGGACUUUUCUCCUGUACCAUCAAUGGAGAGGACAGGGACCAGACACACAGGGCAGUCUACAGGUUCAUUCCUAGACAUGCAGAUGAGCUGGAGCUGGAUGUUGAUGAUCCUUUAUACGUGGAGGAAGAAGAGGAUGACUACUGGUACCGAGGCUACAACAUGAGGACAGGAGAGAGGGGGAUCUUCCCUGCCUUCUAUGCCCACGAGGUCAUAGGCCAGUCUAAGGAGUUGCUGGGAAUGAAAAGGAAUCCAGCGUGGAUCGAGACUUUCAAUGUUCAAUUUUUGGGGUCUGUUGAGGUACCUUAUCACCAAGGCAACGGCAUUCUCUGCGCCGCCAUGCAGAAAAUUGCAGUAUCGAGGAAACGGACGGUACAUGUGCGACCUCCCUCCCUGUGUGAGCUGGAGAUCAGCCUGCAAGGAGUUAAACUAAUCAUGAGCCUCGAGGAUGAAUACGACACCCUUGAUGAGUAUGACAGAUGUAGUCACUUCUUCCAGAUGAAGAACAUCUCAUUCUGUGGAUGCCAUCCGAAGAACAACUGCUACUUUGGCUUCAUCACUAAGCACCCGAUGCUGAACAGAUUUGCUUGCCAUGUGUUUGUAUCCCAGGAGUCCAUGCGACCUGUAGCAGAGUGUGUUGGGCGAGCCUUCCAGGAGUACUACCAGGAACACCUGGAGUACGCCUGCCCCACCGAGGACAUCUACCUGGAGUAAGAAGAGCUACGACCUUCUUCCUCCCCAGCUUGUGUAUGUUCAUCAAGUUUGCCACCAGAGGGCGCUGUCAAUGGGGUAUUUUUUUGCUCUGUUGUAAGAAAAAAAAACAAACAAACAAAAAAACUCCUCGGCGUUCCUCUAAAACCAGGAUCCUCAUUUCUACAGUGCGCUAGGCAUUUUGACUGAUUUCAUCCAUCCCUUUCUCUCUCUGUUUGUUUAUUUCCAUGAUCUCGACGGAUCGAUUGCCUGUUUCUGUUAUCUUUUUCUAUGAUAUAAAACGAAGACGCUGAGUCUACUUAAAGGUUCCUCUUUUGAAAUGAAAACAAUAUACCUACUGCUGCUGUAUCACUUUUCAAUGCAUGGCUAGUAGGGUUACGGCACACAGACACACCAAGGAAUACACAUAUCCAAGUGAAUGGCAAGCAGCUCAAGAAUCAGCAAAGGGAAUGGUGUAGAAUCAAGAGAUUUAACUUAAAUGUAAAUACGUUGUUUUUUUUUGUUUGUUUGUUUUUUUUUUUGUUCAAUACUUACAAAUGGCUGAUUUGAUUUCUACUCAUAGUGACAUUGGAGCAAAGAAAUAGAGAGACUGCAGUGAGCGGCCGUUGGUCCGGGCUUACCCCUCUGUCGAGUGCAAAAUGUUGUUUGUGUUGUAAAUACAUGUAUAGAAAGUAGAGACAAAGGCACCUCAAACCAAUGGGUUGGGAUUUUGUUCUUAGUCUGGAUGUGGGUGUCAGUGUCUCGCUCUGAGAGGAGUAAGCGCAGGAGUAAGAGAGUUUCGGGAACGAACGUCAUUCACUCUGCAGGUGGAGUAGUAACUGUCAGAAAUAUUGAAUGAUACGACUUCUGUCCUGUCCUCCAAGUUGCACUGCUUGUUGAACCUUACCGCGGGGAGCUUUCAUAGCAAAUCAUUCAACUGUUAAACUUGUAGAUCACUGUAUGCUUUGCUACGAUUGAUGUGACGUUUAGGUCAAAGAAAGCUAAGGCCGUCUGACAAGCCAUAUUCUCACAUCUCUGACUGUUGUAGACUCUGGUUUUCAGUGAUGUACUAGUCUCCGUUUUCUUUUGACUUGGUGGUUUUCAACGAGGGAAUAGGAAUGACUAGAUCGACCAGUAGCUGCAUGUCAGUAAUGCUGCACACGGCAGCGUGCCUACUGUACAGUGAGCGUCCUGCUAAUUCUUGGUCCUGGUAUUACAGUGGAAUCAACCUUUAAUGAAGCAUUAAAAGGGAGGUUUUAUAGUUAUGUAAAUGGUUUGACUUUAAUCUCAUUUUUAAGUACGGUGGAUAAAAGGGAUAGCCACGUGUUCCCAUUUUAAUUUACUGCUUUUAAUCUGGUCAAAGGUUAAGGAAUCAUUACACAAUAGCAGACUCUGGGGUUGUAGUUUCAUACCAUAGCAUACAGACUAGCACCUUAUAGAGAUGGGGGUAUAUUAAAAAAAAAAAAAAAAAGUAAAUAGUGUCUGUUAUGUGAAAUUUCAGGCUUCCAUCAUUCUUUCAGAAGCUGCUGAGCAUCUUGUUCUGCCGCUUCCACUCACAGUCCACCAGAACACACACGUCACAGAUCUGCAGGAUUUCGGUGUCGAGGGUUGAUAUGGCAGGAGGGAGGGUAUUCUCUGCAUAUGUAUCGCUGUCAGUUAGAUCAUGUAUAUACAAUAGCAAAUCUAAGAUAGUGCUGUGUCCUUUAUGUUGAGUAUGUUAUUGAUAUGAAUAUGUACAUUUACGAAAAAGUUUAAAAAGUUUAAAAAAGGAAAAAAAAAAAAAAAAGAUCACGACCAGACGAAAAACCCCUGAAAGAAAAGAGAAAAAACAAACACCUAAGUAUCUGUGAUCUGCAAUAAUUUUUAUUUCAGUGUCUUACGUUUCCACACGAGGUGUUAUCUCAGUCUCUGUCACACAGGUGGCAUUUGGGUUCCUGCCAACUCCAUAACUCACCGCAGACGAGCUUCAGCAGCACAUUUAGGACACAUUUGUGAGAUGUGACAUCACUAUCGCGUGACACGCCCACCAGACUAAUGACCAAUCUGCUGUUAGACCUGAAUAGCGCCACUGGAAAUCUAUUAUUGUGUCUUGCCGAUUAUAGCUAAUCGCCUUUGAGCUCCAACAGUGUGGUCCAUCUUCAGUCAGUAUCUAUUUGCUUCUUCUUCCUUUUUUUUUCUAUCCUGUUACGGCCUAGUGAAAACCCAUCUUUUCACACAGUUACACAAAAACAACCUCUGACGAUGACCUAGUCCCAUAUAGCCGCUAAGAAAUACAUUAACAGUUAAACCAACUUUUGACUUUAUUACUUCAACAAGAUUCUUCACUGUAUACCUAGAGCAAAACAGUAUGUGACAGAACAAACAUAUCCUAUCUUGUAUCUUCAAAAACAAGGACUUGUAAAAUUCAAGGGAAAACAAAAAAAAAGAAAAAAAAUCACUCUGCCUUGUCAUGGGUUUGGUCUUAUGAAUAAAAUAUAUGCUUGAUGUCCGAAA